AUUAGCCAGUUAAUUUCAUCCACAAUGUUCCACAUUUCUUGUGCAUGAGCUGUCAAGAUGGGAGAUGCAGUAUCACAAUAAAGGGAAAAUACAGAAAUUAAAAACCAAAAAAAUUCAAAGAGACCGGGGAAAGGACAGAUGCACUUUCUCUCCACCACACAACUUUGCACGUCACAACAUAAUGACAUAAAUAAAUUGCUUCCAUUCGUUUCAGUUCACUACAGUUGGAGAGGAAAAACACUUAAUGGAUCAGCUGGGUGCUUCCAAUCACGGCGCAGAAUUGCAGGAUUGCAGAAUUUCAAAUCAGGCUGCAAAUGCAGAUGGCAGACAAACUGUCAUCACAGGCAUGGAUGCCGGUCUGUACAAGGCGGCAGCGGAGGGGAAGAUCGAUGACCUCAAGAAGAUUUCAGAGCAUGAAUUUCAAGUCCAGUUAACCCCAAACCAUAACACAAUACUCCACAUCGCAGCCCAGUUCGGUAAACUAGACUGUGUGCAAUGGAUCCUUACGUUGCCUUUCAUGUUCCUCUCUACUGCAACGGCCAAAUCUGAAAGGCGAGACUCCGCUUCACCUUGCAGCAAGGGAAGGGCAUUUGAAGGUCGUGGAAGCUCUUAUACGCACUGCAAAAUCACUUCCCGUAGAUAUUGAAACCGGGAUUGGAGCAGAAAAGGUGAUUUUGAGAACCAAAAAUAAGAGGAAAGACACAGCCUUACAUGAGGCAGUGCGAUAUGGGCAUUCUGAUGUGGUGAAGUUAUUGAUUGAGAAAGACCCGGAGUUUACCUAUGGUCCUAAUAGUUCUGGCAGGACUCCUCUUUACAUAGCUGCUGAGAGAAGAUUUGUAGACAUGGUGGGUAUGAUCAUAAGCACUUGCCAUUCACCAGCUUACGGUGGUUUCAACGGUAGAACGGCCUUGCAUGCUGCUGUAAUCUGCAAUGACAAAGAAAUCACAGAGAAGAUACUGGAAUGGAAACCCGCUCUGACCAAAGAAGUAGAUGACAAUGGGUGGUCUCCGCUCCACUUUGCUGCAGAGAGUGGAGAUGAUCCAACAAUAGUGAGGCGAUUACUAGAGAAAUCAGAUAAGAGUGUAGUCUACCUUGGGACCAAAGAUGGGAAAAAGACUGCCCUUCAUAUUGCAUCACUCCACCAUCAUGGGAAAAUAGUAGAGGAGCUCCUAUCUCAAUUCCCGGAUUGUAGCGAGCAGGUUGAUGACAAGGGCCAUAAUAUUUGUCACUUUGCCAUGAUGGAAAAAGGGGAAAACAGUACUUACCUUUUAAAUCACUGGCUGAGAUUGAGAGGGCUUGUAAAUGAAGAAGAUGCUCAAGGAAACACACCCCUCCACCUUCUCUCUUCUAACAAAAUUCUGAAUCCAGUGUUCGUAUUAGAUCGUAAAGUCGAUAAGAAGGCCUGCAAUAAUGAAUACUUGACAGCUGUUGACAUAAUUUCGAGGGCCCAGGACAUUUCCGCAGGAGAAAAGGAGGUAUUUCUAACGAAAUUUCGGACAGCGAUGAGUGAUCCUUCGCCUGCAGAGGGAUUAUAUAAGCAAAUAAAUAAAGUCACACAAAGCAAAGCCUUCAAAGAGAAAUACAUCUCUGAACUAAAGCGUAGAGGCGAAGCCCAUUUGAUGGUUUCCGCACUUAUAACAACGGUAACUUUUGCGGCGGGUUUCACCUUGCCCGGUGGUUACAAUGGGGAUGAUGGCAUGGCAAUUUUAACAAGGAAACCAGCUUUCAGGGCAUUUGUUGUGACCGAUACCAUUGCCCUGGUGCUCUCAGUAUCUGCUGUCUUCCUUCAUUUUUUUAUGACUGUGCAUGACGAUGAAACUGUCCUUCGAAAACACUUCCUUUGGGCCGUUUCUUUCACCAUGCUUGGCAUGGGAGCAAUGGUGAUCGCUUUCACGACUGGGUUGUAUGUAAAGGAUUUUUGGAAGAGAGAAAUUGAAGAAUUAUUGCUUGUGAUUCUCAUUGAUAUGGUUAGUAUAUAUACAGAUUGCAUUAGCACGAAAAUAGGAAACUGA